AUACUGAGGCAAAAUGGCGGUCGCUAGAACUUUGUGAUGCAAGAAAACAAAUAAUUUGUCGAUUUAGAUCGGGUUUGUGGUAUUUCAGUGAUGUCUUUCUCCUUUGUUACCGCAUCUGGAUCUAGUCCUUUGAACAAGAGUUUCAAUAUGAUAUCUCCCACUGUGUUGCUGGCGGCUGGUACCACCUCCUCGCCGACGCUUUCUCCCAUCAUGCCUCUCGACCGUGGAGCAGUCGGUCGCAGCACGUCUUUCCUCUAUCACGUCUCAGGACAGGAGCCAGAACUUGAUCUUGUUGGAUUGGACCACUGUUAUGCUAAGCCUUGGAGUGCUCAUCCAGAUGCCAGCAAUGCUAAAGCAAUGAAGAUGUUGUUCAUGGACAAGUUCCCACGGAACGCGACACUUGAGCAAAGCAGGCCUGAACCUGAUGUGGUCAUCGAUGUGGUGAAUGUACCUUACAAGUCGACUGUACCAUUUGAUCCAGCGAAGGCAAGGUCAGUGAUGAAUGAGUGUGAGAGACAUGUGACGUUUGCUCGUACAGAGGAGUGUCCCGAUGACUGGGAGGAACAUAUCACGAGAACUGGGUGGACGGUGCAACAGAAUCGACUGUUCAACAAGGUGAUGAAGGCGCUGCAGUCUGAUCGCUUGGCAAGACUGGCGUAUGAAGGUCAUGCCAAGGAACCUAUCAUGCGGCGAAUACAUGUUGACAAAACAGCAAAAAGGGUGAGACAGGCACUGGCCUCUGUAGGAUGGGAUUCCAAGCUUUCCCAAUGGCUGCACUCUGUCCUUGUGGAGAAUCUCAGCCUCCCGAUGCUCUCUGCCUAUCUUGAUGUGCUACAGACCCUCAAGUCCAAGGUGCCAUCACUAAUUGAUAAGAUGAUCAUGCUGUCAACGAAUUCAUCUCGGGCGAAUGCCACCACAGCCGAGGCAUUGCAGCUCCUUCUGAAGCGUCCUUGGGACCCGGCCAUGAGUGUGUUGUCGGCACAUAAACCGAAAAAGUUACCUGGAAAUCCAUUGCUGCUGAUAGCCCCAAAUGGACCAACACAUCAUUCAACAUUCCACAGUCGAAGGCAUCGCUUCUGGACAUCUCAGCUGUCCAACCUUGGUAAAGUCAUCCCCGUCACCAUGCACACUGUCAACGGUGGUAGUGGUGUUGGUAUAGCACAGUGUUUGGAACACAUGAUUGGAGCGGUUAGGACCAAGGUUCUUGAGCUGCAGAGUCAUUUCCCGAAUCGGCCGCUGGUUCUGAUUGGCUGGAAUGUUGGUGCCCUCGUUGCCUGCCACGUCUCUCUUGUUGAGAAUGUCACUGCCGUUGUCUGCUUAGGCUUCCCUUUCAUGGGCAUACAUGGAGGACGAGGGGAUGUUGAAGACGCCUUGCUGGAGAGCAGAACGCCAACCUUGUUUGUCCUCGGCCAGCAGGCGACAAUGUGUCGGAUCGAUGACCUUGAAGACAUGAGAGAGAAGAUGAAAGCUGAGAAUGGACUGAUCCUGGUCGGUGGAACUGACGAUAAUCUCAGGGUCUCCAAGAUGAAGAAGAAACAAGAAGGCAUCACACAGAGUAUGGUUGAUCGAUGUAUUCAGGAUGAAAUGGCCGAUUUCCUUGGUGGUGUCCUGACCCAGAGUGGAACAGCCGUACCUGAGGUCAGUGAGGUGUCUGUCCCCGAGACAGACACCAAGAAGAAGAAGCCAAAGAUUAAGAUCCCUCGUCACCUGGUGUCAGAUCCCUCUGGAUAUAUUCGGUCACCACAAGGGGUUCUUGGCUUCACCUACAGCAGUGAUUUACCAGUUCGGGGUCGGUCAGCGAGUCAGCCUUCAAGUGGCAGUUUAAACUCUCCGACACAGAUGAUAGCGGCACCUGUUGGAAAGAGAACGCAGAGUCUUACAUUCAGUGUUGCGGGACAGAAGGGAAUACCAGCCAAAAGAACUUACAACAAAAGGAAGAGGAGCACCAGCCCGAUACCUGUGCCAAUCAAACGUCGAGUUUCAUCCGCAAAGUCAUCAGAAGCCGGGAGUCCACUGGCAUCAACGCCCCCUACUGACAAGACAGAACUUGCCGGGUUACUCACCGGAGCGAUCAAACCUCAUCUGAGACCCGAUAUCACCGGGUUGAUUACAUCAACCAAAGAUACCAUCAGUGCUGUACCAGAGGGGCGUCUGCUGACGUUGGAUGAGGCCAGCCAUUCUAGUAGUUCAUCCUCGAGUUCAGGAACGUUGCUACCGACAACGAUUCUUGGCGUUGUGCCGACAAGUUCUUUGCAGCCUGCCCAUUCUAAAACUGUCAUGACGAAUCAGACCACUGCAACUGUGAGUGGUUUGGCAUUCAGCACUUUACAAGCUUUGCAGAAAGAGCAGAAACCAUUGUCAGUGACAGUCAAUGAAGGCUCUGCUGGGUCUGCUCUGGACCCGCCUUCUCAGGUCAUUAGUCCAACGUCUCAAAGUGAACUUCUGACCCAGUUGUCACCUAAGACACCACCAGCUACUGUCAACUCCCCUUUGAUUGGUCGCUUAUCGGCACUUGGUGGCCUAUAUUCGUUACAGCGGUCAAGUGGGAAACAAUCGACCAUUCAUUUCACCACCUCAUCGUCAAACACAACACAGAUUCAACAACUCUUAUCAGGACUCGGACGAUCAACUGCUACUGCUUCAACGUCAAGUGUUCCAACAGCCAGAUCUGCAGGCAGCAGCCUCGUCAAUACCACCCGAUCUGCCAGUGGCGGGGCAUUCUCUGCAGCUAGUCUCGCUGUGGGAAAAAUGACACAAGCUAGUUCUAAAGUCAAAACUAAAUAUAUGAGUGCAUCGUCAUUGGCGUGUGCCCUGAACGCGGAGCAGGAACGUGUGCAAGCAAUACAGAAGAUGCAGUUUCAUGACUUUCCACUGACGACUGCAUCGCUGAGUCGUGGUGGUACGACUAUCGGUAUAACCCAGGCAAGGAUUCUAUCAAAACAGUUGGAGCUGAAGGCUGACGCGACAUCAUCAUUCGUCCCUGUUACUGUGCCAUCCACGGUUGUCACAUUCACAACAUUACCGACAAAAACAUGUGCGUCUGCUUCUAGUGCUGGCUCAACUGUCUCGCCAAGUCCUGCUCAGGGCAGUGGUGUCCCAGCACGAUCCUCUCCCAUUGACACUGUAGAUGGCGCUGGAACAACGCUACAGACCAAGUUAGAUACGUCAUCGCCGUCUGUGCCACUCGCAUCUACUACGGACAGUUUGUCAAAGGAGAAAGUCGCGAUGAUCUCAAAAGAAAACUUGGGAAUAGUGACAUCGCUGAUCAAGACUGCUACGGUGGUGACCAUCUCACCUGCAGCUCCAGUUACGAGUUCACCAGUUUCAGAUUCACCCAAGUCUGAGACUCAUAUGCUGCAGUUAUCCACUAGUGCCAAGUUGAUGACGGCGUCUGCCAGUAAGGUAGCAUCGUCCCCGGCUACCACAUCUUAUACAACAACAAACAAACCUGUACUGCCAACUACGUCAACUCGCACGCGUAAGAUUAGGACACCUAAACAAAUAGAUAUGUGAAGAAUUCUCUAAAAUAUGCCACUUGCUGUUUCUUCAUUAAUAUGUCUUGAUAGUAAUGAUAGCCCUGUGUGGUCCUGUUGUAAUGAUCGAGGAAUGCUCAGCAUUGAUGAGUGGCACAGAGAGAAGAUCUGUGGUGUUGUUCCAUUCAUCAUAAUUGGUCUUAUCAGGACAUAAUCACAACCAGAAUCGGGGUUCACUUUUAUAUUGUAAACAUGUUGAGGACAAAGUCUUUUCUUUAUUUGUAUACUUGUAUACUUUUCAACACAAGUGGUCAUGAUUGUUCCUGUUCCUGAUGCUACUGGAAGAUUCAUGGAUCUAAAUCUAGUUCUCACAAAAUCAACAGAAAUGUUCACUGAGACGGUUACAGAUGGUGACGCCAUCUUUCUUCAGAUGUUCCAAGGUGUAGCAAUGGCCAAUUUCAGAAGGAAGAUGGUGUUAUCAUCUGAAACUGUCAAGAUUAACAUUUCCUUGAUUGAGUCAAAAUGAUCUUGAGAUCCACGCUCCUGGUGGGUUUUAUUCAUUUGUUAAGGAGUCUUUCUUGUUAUUCAUGAGCUUGUCUCCAAUGCAGAAGUAAAAAGAAUCAUGUUGUAUAUUAAAAUCUUUAAAAUUAA